AUGUACAACCUCUGGCACAAGAUCAAGGCCUUCCUCUGCUGCGGCGAGGAGGAAGAAGAAGAAGAAGAAGAAGAAGAAGAAGAAGCAAGACCUGUGCUCGUUAUUGGCGAGCCUUUCGGCUUCAAACAUGUCAACGUCGAUCUGGCCGGACUUAGCGAGCAAGAACCCGUUCCUGCAACUUAUCCCCUCAACGUCGACGAAACUUCGCCUACCGCUCGGCUGGACCGGGCUAAAGCUCACACCAGAGCUCUCAGCAACUCGUUCAAGACUGUCACAAACAAUGCCAUGAGCGUCGGUGCUAAGGGCUCCGGCUACUCAGCAUUGCCUAAUGGCAGUCCUUCAAUGAUACAGCCACUCGCAGCCCGAGACGACGACACUCCCCUCAAAAUGAAGGAGUUGCUCCCUCGCGGCACUCAUGGCCCCGAAGCCAACGACAGCGUCGAGACUGCCACGGCAGGCUGCGAGGAAGAGGAAAGCUUUGCCCACACCAAGUGA